CGGCGUGUGUAAGUACCGCAGUAAAGUGUGAACAUAACCCCAGCACUGUGGGGCCACAAUGUAAGGCUAUGAGGCAGGGAUAGUGGAGAGGAGACAGGAUGGCGGAGCUGUAUACAUGAUAUAUACCUCUCCCAUCCUCCAUCCCUGUCCUGUCACAGUCGGAGGAGGCGGUUCUGAGGCCCCGGUAACCAGGCAGCCUCCCCGGUGAUUGGGCGGCCGGAGGUCACGGAGGAGGGGCGGCCCGGAGCUCAGCUGUGAGGGGGCCGAGAGCACAACAACCGCAGCCCGGACACCGCUCACUCCGUCCCUGAUGUGCACAUCCUAGCUCCGCUACCGCAGCCCGCCGCACCCCCGCCGCCUGCACCGGGAUGAGAAAGAGAAGCGAGCCUGCGGCCCGGGAGCAUGACGGCUUCGGAGCGGCCCCUCUGGACCGGGACUGCCGCCUGAAGAACCUGAGGAUCCCGGGGAGCAGGGGGCACUAUCUCCCGGACUCAGACUCCGACAGCAAAGGCAUGAAGAGGUUCAGCAGGCGUUAUGGCUUGUGGUCCCGGUUACGAAUGUUUAUAUUUGCACUAGUUGGUCUCUAUAUAGCCAUUCCAUUCCUUGUCAAGAUAUGUCCUGCAAUACAAGCUCAGCUGGUCUUUCUUAAUCUAGUGAGGUUUCCUUAUUUUAUCGAUCUGAAGAGGCCUCAGGAUCAAGGUUUAAACCACACAUGUAAUUUAUACCUGCAGCCAGAGGAGGAUGUAUCUAUUGGUGUCUGGCACACCAUUCCUGCUGUCCUGUGGAAAGAUGCUCAGGGAAAAGACCCAGCAUGGUAUGAAGAAGUAUUGUCUACAAACUAUCCUGUAAUUCUUUACUUACAUGGCAAUGCAGGCACCCGAGGAGGUGAUCACAGAGUACAGCUGUAUAAGGUGCUGAGCUCCUUAGGCUACCAUGUAAUCUCAUUUGACUACAGAGGAUGGGGUGACUCGGUUGGCUCUCCGUCAGAGACUGGAAUGACCUAUGAUGCUCUCCAUGUUUUUGAUUGGAUAAAGGCCAGAAGCGGAGACAACCCUGUGUACAUCUGGGGGCACUCCUUAGGCACAGGGGUUGCUACAAAUUUAGUGAGAAGGCUGUGCGAAAGAGAAACGCCUCCUCAUGCUCUAAUAUUAGAAUCGCCUUUUACGAAUAUCCGUGAAGAGGCUAAGAGUCAUCCAUUCUCAGUAAUAUACAGGUAUUUCCCUGGCUUUGACUGGUUCUUCCUUGAUCCCAUCACAGCGAGUGGCAUAAAGUUUGCAAAUGAUGACAAUGUGAAGUAUAUUUCAUGCCCGUUGCUCAUUCUCCAUGCAGAAGAUGACCCUGUGAUCCCAUUCCAUUUAGGAAGAAAGCUUUACAACAUUGCUGCCCCAGCACGCAGCUUACGGGACUUCAAGGUACAGUUUGUCCCUUUCCACAAAGACCUGGGAUAUAGACAUAAAUACAUAUACAGGAGUCCAGAACUAAAACAGAUACUGAGAGAUUUCCUUGGCAACACAGAGCAGCAAUAGAACCAUGGAAGGAGACAACCCAGAUGAUUUGGGGACCAGCAGUAUGACAAUCCCUGUAUGAGGUUGACACAUAGUGUGUCAGUGCUUGCCUACUCUUCCACAUGGGAUAUAGUCCAUUCCAGUGUCUUUGGGGUACAACUACUGGAUAAGCGUGACUUAUUUUUUUGUCUUUUAUUUUUUAUGCCUGCAAUUGUCUGACUGUGAUGGGACUUGCUUUGUACGAUACAAGUAAUAGUCUUGUAAAAUCAAAUGCAGGGAACCUCUGGAGAGCGCCCCCCAGGAGAAGAUGGGAUAUCUGUUACUUGAAACCAUGGCACUUCCCCUGUGCCAGCGCUGUGACGGGGAAAAGUUACUGACGAUGACCAAGAUGGCUGCCCUGAUCUGGUUACUGAGAGCUGCUAUAUUUUUACCUGAAGGAGCUGUGUCCCAUAGGCACUAUCAACGCAAUAACUUUAGAGGUUGUGCAUGCUACUGUGAUUUCUAAUGCUCAGAUUUCCUAUAUUCAGUACCUCCUCUCUGAUAGCACAUAGGUGUCUGGUUAUGUUUGGAGGUGAGUGGUUAUUGGUUUUACCUUUCUUUAUGAUUUUAGAAAUGUAGACUGUCUGCUGUUUCCACAUACAGUGCUCCCUCAACAUACCAUGUUAAUCUGCUCCAAAUGGACCAUCGUUUGUUGAAACUAUGUUGAGGGAUCCGUGCAAUGUAAAGUAUAGGACUGUGGUCUACAACCUGCGGACCUCCAGAUGUUGCAAAACUACAACACCCAGCAUGCCCGGACAGCCAACGGCUGUCCGGGCAUGCUGGGAGUUGUAGUUUUGCAACAUCUGGAGGUCCGCAGGUUGAAGACCACUGGUAUUGGAGGCUAUACUCGCUGCCCUGGAUGUCGCCUUCCAUCGCUGUGUCCCUGACACUCCGGCAAGGCCUCUGCUUCCCCGGCAUCCUCGCUCUCCGUCGCCGCCAUCACGUCGUUACGCACGCCGCUCCUAUUGGAUGACGGGACGGCGUGCGCAGCGAUGUGAUGACGACAAUGGAGUGCGCCAACGAUGCAGGGGAUCCCGAAGAGGACGUGCCGGAGCCCCGAGGACAGGUAAGUGAUCAUCAGCGGACCACACGGGGCACCGUAAGUGGCUAUCCGGUGGCAGCUGCCAUAUAGCAGUUUAUGCGAUGGCCCCGACAUACAAAAGCAUCGUAUGUUGGUGCUGCCUUCAACAUGCGAUGGCCUCUGAGAGGCCAUCGUAUGUUGAAAUGAUCGUAUGUCGGGGCCAUUGUAGGUCACUGUAUUCCAGUCCCUUGCCUGAUAAUAAUAUACCUAGCUUUAUUAUUUUACACAAUGUAGGGGAUAGGAUCCCAGAUGAGGAAGUGUGUAUGGGCAAUAUAGUUUUCCAUACCAUGGGCUUGGUUAUCAAAUUUGUGGCUACAGCAUAGUAAAAGGAGAAGUAGGGUUAUCCAAAGGGACUGUGGAAUACACUUUGUUAGAGGGAAUCUAUUAGUAAAAUCCAGAGGUAUCUAGUGUGACCCAGAUCUGGAUUUAGCUAUUACAAUGUGACUGGUUCAUAAUUUUUCCCUCUGGGUAUUAUAAUAGGACUCAUGAAAGACAUCACUACCCUCAGAUCUGUCACCCAUCUUUUCUUGUUCGACAGCUUGUGGCUCCUCAGCUGUUAUAACCUGUUUGGCUGUCAGUAAUAGCUGUAAAGCCACAGAUAGCAGAACAAAGAGGUACAGAUCGACGCUUUAUUAUAAAAUACACAUUAUAUAUUACAGCUGGUCUGUCUAACAUGCUGCCCAUUAUAGAAAUUGCAAUGAAACACUCCAAAUUAUAAUGCACUAUACUGGGUGAGUCUAAAGGUCAUUACAUAUGCACUUAUAUCCAUAGACUGUUUGCACAGAUUCCAUCUUUCACAGUGCACCAUAUGUGACUGGCAGAUUGUUUACCACAGAAGCAGUGACCGCUGGUCAUACAUACUAGAUAGCUGUUGGCUGAACACUCGCUUGUCCGAUAGUUAUCUCUCUCAAUACCCCACUACACAGUCCCAUGUGUUCAGAGAUGGGAGAAAGCAUAUCUCCCCGGAUCAAAGGGAUCUGCUGACAGGAGAGUGGGGAGAUUGACAGAUUCCUGAUGAAAUUGGCAGCUUGGGCUGACACUUACCUAAUAUGUAUGGCCUAGUUUAGUCCUGUGACUGGUAAUAGGUGUGCAUAUUCCUUUAAGGCUUACUUUAAAUACUUAUUCUGCGCCAUUGGAACAAACUGGAUUUUUUAAAUUCAUUUUAUUAUUGGGACCUUUCAGUUGACAACUGUUUUAGAAAUGUAAUGUCUUAAUGUAAAUCUGCAUAUUGAGUUAUAAUAUUGCAAUCUGUAUGAUUUCUUGACUACCAAUCUGUUUCUUUCAUGAUGUGUUUUGCUCAUGUAAUCUGCAUUUUAAAUGUUAAAACAAGAGAAUUUAAACCUG